AGGAGUCAGCUCGCCACAAGGAGUCAGCCCGCCACAAGGAGUCAGCCUACAUGCGCCCAGCCCACCACAAGGAGUCAGCCUGCCACAAGGAGUGGGAUCGAACCCCAGGCUGUAGUGAUGCCGCAACACUACGAUGCAACGCCUCCCAGCACAUUUGGGUGUGUAAGUGAAUGUAAUUGUCGACCAGUUAGCCAAAAUAGUUUUGAAAUUAGAUAUAAUUGAUAUUAAUGUUCCACUGGGUAGAGAUGAAGCCAAAUGUAAGAUCAGAGCCAUUCUGAUAGAUGUGUGUCGGAAGAGAUGGGACUCUGAGCCCAAGGGCCGGUGUUUUAUAUGCCCUCCACAGAAAGGUCAGUGGACCAAGGUUCAAAGGUCAGAUUAGGAAGGAAGAGGUGGUGAUUGUGUUUAGGACAUUGAACUCAUCAUUACAUCUGGUUAGCAGCGUGUGAAUGGUUUGUGGGGUAGGCCGUCAUUGUAAAUAAGAAUUUGUUCUUAACUAACUUGCCUAGUAAAAUGAAGUUUAAAUUAAAAAUAUAUAUUUUGAACAAGAUUCCAGCAGGUUGUAAGGCCCUUGUAUUGCCUGCCUUCUCACUCUUGUACACUAGGUGGCGCUAAUGCACCGGGUAGUUUAGUCAUGCAGAAGAAUCAUACCCGGAAGUACGGUGAUGCAGUAACGCAGACAGUCGGCUUAUUUACCUUUCUUCAAAACAGUCUAGCGAGCUAGUUACUGUUAAAAUGACAACAUAUAGGAUUUCUGCAUGUAUUGCCUUCGUUAAGAUGGCUGGUUAGGUUUCAAAUCGUUUAACGACCAGUAAAUUGUUCAACUGACGUGAGUGACCUCGAGCUGAUGUGAACGCAAAAGAACAACCAUCAAUAACAUGUCGGCAGAAUUCACUCUUCCCGGUUCUGACCGACCCGCAAUGGACGAGGAUGAUGUUAACAACCAGCCCAGCCCGUCCCACAGCCCCCCUGCAUCAGGAGAAGCUGAUCAAGACGACCAAACAGAACCAACCAAAACCUUUUCUCACGGUUGUCUGGACUGUGGGAAAGAGUUUUCCCGCCCAUGUGACCUGGUGAGACACCAGAGGGUACACACAGGGGAGAAGCCCUACCCCUGUCAGGAUAACACAAUGAAUUGA